AUGACCUUUGUAAAUUAUGUGGAGUUUCUGACUGACCACGUUCUUCAAUGGAGUACUUCUGCAUCAUUGGCUGCUAUUGGCAUAAAAGAAGAGAAACUCAUGGUGUGGCCUCCAUCCUCCCCUGACCUUUGCCCUAUUGAGAACCUUUGGAGCAACGUUAAGCAAAAGAUCUAUGAGCGCGUGAGGCAGUUCACAUCCAAACAGCAGCUCUGGGAGGCUAUUCUGACAUCCUGCAAAGAAACUAAAGCAGAAACUCUACACAAACUCACAAUCUUUAUCUGCCAUGGAACCGGCCAAACACAGAGAACAAACGUCCGUGAGGAGGAGCUGCAGGCGUCCAGGAGGGAGCAGACUCUGAAGAGACUGUUUGGCUCCAGUAAAGUUUUUCUGACGUUUGGAGAGAAAAGCUCAGAGCCACGGCCCGAGCUGCAGGCGCGAGAACUCAUCCUGAGCAAAGCACAAGAGCACUGCAGAAAAGGCGCCGUGGCAAUGGAGACGUGUGACUAUGAACGAGCUGUGAUCUGUUUCUCCAGAGCCAUUCACCUGCAGCCAGAUCAGGCUGAGUGCUUGGUUCUCCAGGGGGAGGCGUAUCUGCAGCUCUGUGAUUUCUCCUCGGCUGUUGUCAGUUACAGAGGAGCCUGUGCCCUUCAGCCCGACGUUCACACCCACAGACUGGCCUUCGUCUACUACCUACAGGGUCAGUGUCUGUUUGAUCGUGGGCUCUUCCAGGACGCUCUGAAGUCUUUCAGAAAAGCCUCUGACCUCAGGCCUGGAUCCAGAGCGUACAACGCCCGCAGUCUGGCGUGUCUGUCGGCGCUGGGACGCUUCUCUGAGUGUCUGAGGUUUGUCACUGAGUGGAUGGAACAGGACGGAGCCACAGCUGAUCUGUAUGUGCUCAGAGCCAGACUGCACCGACAGCUCAACAAGACCCCUCAGUGUUUCCAGGAUGUGAAGUGUGCUCUGGAGCUGAAUCCAUCCUGUCCAGAAGGGGGCGCUCUGUUGCAGCAGCUGAAGGAGGCGGCAGAGAGGGCGAGACAGGCUGCGGUAGAUAGAGCUCUGUGUGGACAACUACCCCAGUCCCUCAGGCUCAUCAACCUGGCCCUGGAACACCUGCCUCAAGAGCCUCACCUGUACCUGUUCAGAGGGACGCUGUAUCGCCGACUGAAGGACUUCUCAGCUGCCAUAGAAGACUUAGUGCAGGCUGUGGAGCUGAGUGAGAGCAGAGAGGAGGAGAGCAGAGAAGAGAGGAGAGCUGAGGAGAGCAGAGAGAAGGAAAGCGUGGUAGAGGAGGCUCAGGUGCAGCUGAUCCUCACCUACAAUGACUUCUCUUUGGAGUGUUUCGCCAGAGAACUGUACAAUGAAGCCACAGCUCUGCUUAACAAGGCCAUCGAGGAGGAGAAGAACCAGCCAGGGCUUUACAUCAACAGAGGAGACUGCUUCUUUAAACAGAGGAUCUGGCUGUAUGCUCUGGCUGAUUACCAACAGGCCGAGGAGCUGCUGGGACCAAAUGACCCGAUGAUUCGCCAGCGUCUGUCUGAGCUUCACAAAACAGUGGGACUCAUCUGCUUCAACGAAGGGCGCUUUAAAGAUGCAGUGUCCAGUUUCUCGGAGGCGCUGCAGUAUGACCCCACUCUGAGUCAGGUCUAUGAGGUCAGAUCCAAAGCUCAUCGUAAACUCAGCUGUGUGGACCAGGCCAGAGAAGACUUCAUACGAGCACUCGUCCUCCAACCGGACAACACUGAGCUGCCUGCGAUGCUCAUGAGCCUGUUCCCGGGGUCCAGUCUGUCUGAUGUCCUGUCCACUCCUCUGGCUCAGUGUGUGCGAGUGCAGCUGGACGAGGUCAUCCAGGAACACAGCUCCACCCAGCUCCACCCAGCUCCACCCAGCUGCGCUGCAUCAAAGCAGGUCUGA